CAUCACUUCCUGCUGCUGACGUUGUCGUUGGUUGCUACAAAGCAUCAUUCAGUUAAAUGGGUGAGAGUUUAAUGUCUGUCAGAAGAACAUUGUAAGUUUUAACAGUUCUGAAAGCGACUUCUGUUGGUUAACUUCUCUGGUUUAAUACUUGGUCUUUUGGAGAACCAACAGCUAAGACAAAUUACACGAACGUGCUCGCCCGCUAAAUUCAAAAUGACUUUCGGAUUCUACAGACAGUUUUCUGUUUGCUAACAUUUAACAUCCACCACAACAACGUCAAACAUGCUUCUGCAUUGCGCUGAGUACUUUGCACAUGUUUGACGUGACAACUGACAGGAAGGGUUUUCAUAUUUACCAUACUCACAUAUAAACAUGCUUCGAAGAACAAGAACAGCAAAGGUGUAUACAGAGCCAGCGACGGAUGAUGAAUCUGAUGACACAACAGGCAAUCAAAAAGAUGACAGUGAGGGGUUAGAUGAAUGGUUGCCAAAUUUAAUUGGCAAAGGCAAAACUAAAGGAAGGUGCCAGAAGGGGACAGAUGAUCCCACUGAAAAGAAAAAAGUCACCAAGAGGGUGGCCAAACCUAAAGAGCCAAAACUUAAAGCAGAGAGGAAGCCAAGAGCUGCACGGGUUCCUAAAGCGAAGAAGGAGAAGACUAAUACAGAGCAACAAGCUGAGGAUGCAGUUCUACCGAAGCCUGAAUCACACCAGCAUGUGACAGUCAAAGAAGAGAGGUUGUCCAUGAACUUGAGCAGUGAGUUCAAUAAUAAUGCAGCUGUCCCAGGAGAUAUGCUUGAUGAGGGUCCAUCCUCCAGCCAACAUUUCCCCAAUAUGAAAAAAGAGGAGCCAGAUGACAGCUUCACCUUUGAGGAACCGGCUCAAAAGAAGCAGAAGACCACAAAUAUGCCCCAGGGAAGACCUAUAAAGCUCAAAUCUGGCAAUUCCUGUGUGGAAGACUUACAGAUGAAUUGGGAUCCCAUUCGGGUUCUUGCUGAGAAGACGGGUGUGGAGCAGUGGGUGUGUAUGAAUAUUGCACAGCUCUUCCAGGGGGAGAACACUAUUCCCUUCAUGGUGCGCUAUAGAAAAGAGCUGAUUAACCAUAUGGAUGCAGAUGCUGUUCGAGACGUGCAGCUGACUCUUGAAGAGUUACGGUCAGUGGCCAAGAAGAGCAGAUCUGUUACUCAAACACUAAAGAAGGAGGGAGUCCUUACUUCAGAGCUGGAAAUGGCUCUGAAGAACUGCACAACAGCUGAUGAAAUAGACCAUGUGUAUGCCCCCUAUAAAAAGGGCAGCAAGUUGUCCAAGGCCCGGCGAGCUAAGGAGCUAGGACUGGAACCUGUUGCGCUGGCUCUGCUUCAGGCACCCCAGUCACUGGACCUGCACUCUUCGAUCCAGCCCAACACAAAGGGGUUGUCGACCCUGGAUGAGGUGACCACGGGUGUUCAGGAGAUCUUGGCAGAUAUGAUUGCAAAGGACAAAGAGACUCUCACCUUUGUCCAGUCACUGUGUGACAGGAGUGCAGUGACCAUUCACUCAUCAGUGUCUAAAACAGCCCUGAAAGAACAGCAGCCACAGGAGGGCAAUCAGAAGAGCAAACCGAAGGACAUUGCCAAGUUCAGCCUGUAUACUGACUUCACCUGUGAUGUCCAGCGUAUCCAGCACCAUCAGACGUUAGCCAUUAACCGUGGGGAGAAUCUGAAGAUUCUGACAGUGAAGGUCAACAUCCCCGACUGGGUGAAGAAUGACUUCUGUAGGUGGUGCGUCAACGUCAGAUGGAGGCCACAGGGAUUUGCACGACCAGAAAUCAUGAAGAUUUUGAAGAAUGCUGCUGAAGAUUCCUACAAGAGAUUCAUUCUGCCUUUUCUCAGUCGAGGCUACAGGACUAAGUUGACUGCUAGUGCAGAAAAAGAGUCCAUUGCCAUGUUUGUUCGUAAUCUGCGUCAGCGUCUUCUGAUGUGUCCUGUGCGUGGGAAAGUCAUCAUGGGAGUGGACCCAGGGUUUCACCACGGCUGCAAACUAGCAAUCCUGUCCCCUACCAGUCAGAUCCUGCACACAGAUGUGGUGUACCUCCAUGGCUUAGCUAAACACAAAGAGGCAGAAAAACUGCGCCAUCUUAUGUUCAAACACAGCUGUCAAACCAUUGUCAUAGGAAACGGCAAAGCAUGCAGGGAGACUGAAGCCUUCUUUACAGACCUAAUUAAACGGCGCUUCUUCAACCCCAUGGAUGUGUCCUACUGCAUAACAGAUGAAGCUGGAGCGUCCAUCUACAGUGUGAGUCCUGAGGCUGUUAAAGAGAUGCCUGACAUGGAUCCCAACUUAAGGAGUGCAGUGUCUAUUGGGAGGCGGGUUCAGGACCCUUUAGCAGAGCUUAUUAAGAUUGACCCUAAACACAUUGGUAUUGGCACCUACCAGCACGACGUGUCGCAGAGUUUGCUCAGGGCAGCGCUGGACGGGGUGGUGCAGGAGUGUGUGAGCUUCGUGGGAGUGGACAUCAACAUCUGUUCAGAGACGCUGAUGAGGCACAUAGCAGGUCUGAAUGCAGGCCGAGCACGCAGUAUUAUGGAAUGGAAAGAAAAGAACGGACCUUUUCUCAACAGAGAGCAGCUGAAACUGGUCAAAGGCCUUGGUCCUAAGAGCUUUCAGCAGUGUGCCGGCUUCAUCAGGAUCAACCCCGAGACAGUACGCAGUAUCAGCUGCAGAGGGAACGAAGACCUUGAGGUUCCUCAGAAACAGACAACUGAGAAGAGAAAAGUCAAGGGCUCUGGUAGCACCUCUAACCGGUUUAACCCUCUGGACCAAACCUGCAUCCACCCUGAAUCCUACAGCAUUGCUUUGAGGUUCUUGUCUCAAAUAGGGGGCAGUUUGGAUCAGAUGGGUACUGCUGUUCUCAGGCAGAGUGUUGAGAGCAGUGUUAAGAGCAGUGGUCUGGAUGUCUUGGCCAAAUUUCUGGACACCACACCUGAGACUCUACAGCUCAUUGUGGAUGGACUCAUUCAGCCGCCUGGCUUUGACAUUCGUCAGGAUUUUGAGCAGGCAGACUUCAAGCGAGAAAUUGUGUCCAUGAAUGACCUGCACGAAGGCAUGGUGCUGACGGGCCGUGUAACAAACACUGCUUUAUUUGGAGCCUUUGUGGACAUUGGAGUCGGCCAUUCUGGUCUCAUCCCAAAGCGUUUCAUCAAACCGGAUAAACUUCCUGUGGACCAGAGGCGAAGAAGCCUAGCUCUUGGCCCAGGUGAGCGGGUAGAGGUACGAGUCAUGAAUGUGGAUCUUCAGAGGAAACGGAUCAGUCUGGACCUCAUUAGGGUUCUCAGAUAGGAACUAUAAUUGAGGAUUUACUGUAGUCAAGUGUAGUUAACUGUUUUCAUGUGGAAUAAUGUAUUUGUUUAUGGAAUUUUGCCAUGUUUGACUGUGCUGAAUGUGUUGAAAGAGAAAAUGUCUUAGAAAAUGUUUUUAUUUGCACUUUAGCAAGUUUAGCAACUAAUCUGUCCAUAAAUAAUAUUACAUUGUUUUUCAUAUCUUGUGACAAAAAAGGUUCUAUCAUUUGUUCUUGUAAAAAAAAAAAUUUUUUUCCACCUUUUGCUGUUACUGUAGUUUUCAAAUCAUUCAAUAAAACAGAUGUAAUGUUUCAUGAAA